ACAGGUUGUGUUUUAAGUUGUGAGAUGGAAGGGGUUUGAUUUAGGUUUUUUGUAGCAUUCUUCCAUUUUCUUGUUGCAAUUAAUACAUGUUGAUUUUAUUUCUUAAUUUCUGGGGUGUAGAAGUUCAUUCGAUUUGGGUAUGUUAUUAAUGGAUAAUACUUAUUGCUCUGUUCUUUUGCUAUUUGUUUUACCUUUCAAUUUGAGUAUAUAUUAUUGGUGGGGGUGAGAACUUUGGAUUUUAAUUUUUUGGCAUAUGUCCUCCCCUGAAGGUACUUGUUGAACUUUGUUUUCACUUUAUUUCCUUUCAUUACAUUUGGAUUCCAUGGAAGGAGAAGGAAUGUUGUGGGAGUUCAAGCUUCUUCAAUUCUUCAAUUUACAGAUUAUCAAUGAUGCUUCGACCAGAGGAAAAUGCUAUGGCUUUGUUACUUUUAGGAACCCUCGGUCUGCAAUUCAUGCCAUCAAUGAGAUGGAUGGCAGGACUGUUGAUGGAAGAGUUAUCAGAGUAAAUGAAGUGAGGACUAGAGGUGGAAGAUUGGGUUUUGGUAGAGACAGAGAAGGUUUUGGACGCAAUGUUGAGAGGGCAGGAACUGGGAUAGAGAUAGAGAUCAUGAGAGGGGUUGAUCAAGAAAGGGAUAGAGAGUAUGACCGUGAACGUGAUUAUGAUCAAGUAAGAGAUCAUUUCUUGGAUAGAGACCGUCAUCAAGACAGAGAUUUGGAAGAUGUUGAGCAAGGACAGAGCAGGAACCAUGAUCAGGGUUGGGAAAGAGAUGGAUGGUACAUCUCUUUGAGCUUGUUUCUACGGGUUCAAGUUUUUCUGGCAGUUUAUUGCAAGAAUGGAAGACAACUAUGAUUUGGAUUGGAAAAAGUUAUUGGUAAUUAUUCAAUAAUUUUAUAAUUUUUUGGCCUUGUACUUUCUUAGUGUUGUGCUACUUCUUC